GCUCUGGAAGGAUGUUCGGUGAGCUGGGAUUCCACGGAAGUGGGAGUUCUUCUGCAGACACGCCGGGAGAAUGCCAAGGCAUCACUGGCUCUGAACUCCUCAAGCUUCAGCGCGUCCCGUGGCACCGGCGUGGCCCUGGUCGCGGUCCCUGCUCCUCUGACUGGACGCCACAGCACUGGAAUUUUCCAUUAUGGUUUGUGGAGCCGCGUGCACUGGACCCACCACGAGUUGCCCAAGAACUGGCAGCUGCAGAACGUGCUGCGCUCCGCCGAGGUCUUUGAUUGGACUUGCCUUGCUGUGGCCUUCACCGGUGCCUUUGUCUUGCGCUCGCUUUGGCUUUGGCAGGACCCUGAGAAGCCGAGGGUCUCUCACCUCGCUUCGAUGGGCUUGUGGGUGCUGAUGGCUGCGCUCAUGGGCUUUGCCAUGUGGCUCCGCUUCGGCCAGGAAGCUGGAAUGAAUUGGACUGCUGGAUACAUCUUCGAGCUCUUCUUUAUGUUGGAAAACGUCUUCGUCUUUCGCUAUGUGAUUCAUGUCAUGAGCCUGCCUCCCAGAGUCCUGCUCCGUGUGCUGGAUGGAGUGGUUUGGGCGCAGAUCACUUUCGAAGCUGUGUUCUUUCUGGGCCUGGCUCAUCAGCUGCGCUCCGUCCACUUCCUCCCGCACUUGCUGGGCACCGGCUUGGCCAUCUUCGGCGUGUCCACGCUGGUCGAAUCGGCCAAGAGUGAGGGGGAUGGAGUGAUGAGCUCCGUGAUCAAGAGCGUGACGUCCUCCUCGUCCAUCCGAGCGGUGGAAGGAGCGUCUGAGGAGGGCAGCUUUGUGACCUUGCAGGGUAUGAGGUUGCACCUGACGACUGCGGGGACUGUGCUGGUGCUGCUGUUGAUCAUUGAUUUCAUGUGCGAGAUCGACACAGUUCUGACAAAGAUCGAAGAGAUUCCGAACCCCUUUGUCGCCUUCAGCUCGUCGGCGAUGGCAGCCUUCGCGUUGCCGGAGCUGUUUCUGCUGAGCCAAGAUCUGCUACGUGACGCUUGGUCUCCGUUUCACUCGCAACCGCGCGGAAGAAGUUCCCCUGGCGAUGGGGCGACAGACCUCGGGCGAUUGUGGUCCGGCCGUGUGGGCGAAGUCCCCAUGGCCUGUGAUGCAACGGGCGAGUUUCUGGGCUCUUUGGGUUCUUGGAGCUUUGUGAAGGAGCGGCGGCUCGCCGUACGAGGGCCUCGCGUGUUGUGGCGAAGCGAGCUCCUGGUGAAGAUCUUAGUAGACCACAAGGUCGGCUUCGAGGCGUUUCAGCAGCAUCAGGAGGAUCUGCUGUCCGUGGCCUUUGGACCAAGCCUGGGCUGUGUGCUGGGGCACUACAGUCUGCGCUUGGCGGUGCUGAUCUUUAGCCAUCCUGCGGAGCGCUGGCAGCAGUUGCAGGAGGAGGAGCUGCCGUGGCAUUGGGCCUCGACCGUGGAGGUGUUGCAGAGUGGCUGGCCGAUCUUUGGAUUACUCGGCCUCAUUGCCUACAAACUCAGCCGCGAUGGCGCUGGCAAAGGCGUGGUCUGUGACCAGCCCAUUGAGUCUUUCCGCAUCCGAUAUGAGGAGGUGAUGCUGUAUGGAAAGGAGGUCCCUUUCAGUACUGACGUGGAAAAUACAGCGGACGAGCUCCUGCAGCGCUUGCAGAGCAACCGCACAAUGGGACGCAUGAACAGAGCCUGCCUGCUGGGUGCGGGGCUUCCGUUGAUGGGUUACGGUGCUUCGAUCUCCUGUAGCGCCCGGCGGGAGCCUGGGCUGAAGCAGCUCCUGGAGAAGUUGCUGGAGGACUAUGAGGAGGUCUUCCUUCGUCCUGCAGCCGCAGUGAUUCCAGGAGUUCAACACUCAUCGUCAGCCCCUUGGAAUCGUCGGGAAACAUGUUGA